GGCGGCUGCGGCUGCGCUGCGGCGCGGCGACGUGGGCUGUUUUGCUGCAUCGGUACUCUACUCUGCCAGCGCGUAAGACACUUGCGGCGUUUGUUGCGUUUUGGUUUUGCGGUUUGUGGUGGGGUUGCUGUUGCGGCGCUGGCGCAAGGGAUGCUUCGUCGUGAUGCUUUCACUGAACGAUGAGACAACAAACGUCUGGACUGCACCACAUUCCUGCCCAAUCCGAACCAAAACAAGCAUCAGCACAGCAACACCAGCAACACAUCCUCAACAUUCACCCCCAGCAACCCCGCCUUCCCUCCCCUUCCCUUCCUCACUCCCUCCACACAUCUCCCCAGACCGACCAACCCCUCCCCCACACCCUCGCCCCAAGCAUACCCCCACGCAAAGGAGCACGGCCCAACCCAGAGACCGGCUCGGAACGCCGCGCCCCUGCAACCGCAGCCGGCGCACCCGAGGGGUGGGUGAAUGGUCGGUCGGUCUGGCCCGUCGCCCGUGGUGCCCUGCUGCCUUGCCCUGCCCGGCUGCAUUGCCCUUGCCCUGUCCCGGCCGUGCCGUGCGUCCCGAGAUCUGUGGAGCAGCUUAAGGCAGGGCAGCUCUUAGAGCACCCACCACGCACCCGCCCCGUCGUCGCCCAUGGCUCGCCGUCCUCGCCGGCGCCGGGAGCCGCCUGCGCCCUACUCUGGGAGUAAGAGUAGCUGCCUGCGUGUGUGCGUUAUUGCCGUCUCGGCUCCGGCCUGGCCCGGUGGCGACGGGGUAAGCGGCUGCGGGCGUGCUGUCUAGCAGUAGCGGUGGGGAGGCGUC